GUGACCGUGCCGGUGACGGCGACCGCGGCCGUGGUUACUACAAGGGAGAUGGCGGUGGCCGUGGGUACUACCAAGCAGGCGGUGAUGGCGGCUGUGGCCGUGGGUACUGCCAAAGAGGCUGCAAGAGCCUGUACACUGCCGACGAGCUGCGGUUCAACACCAAGGAAUUUGAGGAGAGAUCUCAUACGUGGCACUAAUGGUCUUCAUUAUCUGAAGAUUAAGAAGGCCCUCAGGGGUCCGAGAGUUGUGGUCACCCACCAAGUAGAGGUGCGCAGGAAAUACCGCAUCGCUGGCUUGACAAAUCAGUCUAGCAGAGAUUCGAGGUUCGAAUUAUCGACCGGCGAAACCAAGCCUGUGAGGGACUUCUUUCGAGGAACCUACAAGCUGCAACUACGUUACGUUUUCUCCCCUGCCUGCAAGUUGGUACAGAGCAGAAACCCAACUAUCUUCCAGUGGAGGUCUGCAAUAUAUAGUUUCAGGACAGCGGUACCAAAAGAAGCUCGAUGAUAGCCAGGUUUCUAAUAUAAUGGCGACAGCCUGCCAGGGUCCAGCUGGGCGCGAGGCCUCCAUUCGCAAGUCUGCUCUGGACAAAAAAUAUAAUACUGCCAACGUGCAAAUGAGUUUGGUAUAGAAGUUGCAAACAACCCAACUCCUGUUCAGGCUAGAAUUCUGCCUGCUCCAAUGGUAACUAACCCUACUUCCAAUAUUUGCAGUGCUCUUCUUUGCCAUCUUGUACUACUACUUCUCUGGUCAGCUUGACGACGGCGACGACGAUGGCUAGAACAGUCCACGGCCUGAACAUGUCUACUUAUGAAAAUACAUCAAGAAAAUAUUGAAAUUGUUCUUGACACAAAUCACUUGGAUCCGGGAGGUAGGUGGUCAUAGCGCUAGAGGCCAGUGGUGGCCACGUAGGUUGCAAGCAGAUGAACAAACUUCAGUAGCUGUAUACUGACUGCUGAACCAAUAGAAUUUAUCACACAUAAGUAUGAACUGCACCAUCGCCCCCAUUAGUGAUCGGACACCUGACCAAAACACACAUGUGAGGUAUUUGAUAUGAAUCUACGUUGUUUGCCUAACAAAGUAAGCCGGCGCCUAGCAUAUAGACAGAAAUAAUAGCAUUGUUAGACAGGUUAAUAAAGCAGCACAAAGUUCAGAGCGAGAAAAACUUAACAUCUCCUAGCAGUUUCAUCAUCCAACUAGGCAUGGUAGCAGAUACAAGAUGGCAUUUCAGUUAUAGCAAUCCUUGUCAUGAGAUAAUUGGGCCAACGGGUUGAACCUAAUGAUGAUAUAUGGCCUUGGUUUGGGAUUAUAUUGUGCAACAUGAUCCUCCAGCAGAUGAACCAUAGGUACAUUGAUGAUCUGAAUUUCAGAUGCAGGAAUUCCUCUCAUAUUCGGAGUGUGCUAAGCUAUUCGAAUUUGAUUUUCAGGAUUACAUUCAUCAUUUUGGAUGUGCUGCCCCAAGAAUUAGAGUUUAUCAUCCCCCUUGGUGUAAUCAAUUCUGCGCUGACUGUGCACUUGUGCGUACUUUUCAAUAUUUUGUUUUAUGUAUAUUGCGCAAGUUUCCAUGACGUCCAUUAGAAGGUUCUUUCUUAAGAAGAACGAUAGAAGCACUAGAUUACUGGCAUUACUGUGUGCAACAAAAUAAGACAGUUUGAACAAAAGUAAAAAAUAUAUGCCAUCUAAUAGUAUGAUUCAUGUAUGUUCAAUGGAACCUAGUCAUGCAUAGCAUGCAUCGUAAGCUAAUCAGUGAGGCACAAACAUGUUUCCGUUUUUUGGAUGAACAAACGAAAUUAUGUAAUUUCAAUUUUCAUUUGAAAUACCAACAUAAAGAGAUUUUUUU